AUUGCUAAAAGCGUCAUGAGUUUGGGGUGUCCUUACCCCCGAUAAGAAACGGAUUCAGACAUUGACCUGAAGACUUUUCAGACGAUGCGUCAGCGUGAGAUCUAAUCUCGUCCGCCCGGUAAUAUCCGAGUCGAGAUUAUCUCUGCUGCCUGUGGAAGUCGAUCGUCAUUCGAAACCCCUGCCAUCCGUCUUGACCCACGCCCGCGCGUUCGUUGUAUAAAAUGUCUGAUUGGGACGCGUCAGACGACGAAACGCCUGCGGCCGCGCCCUCCGCCCCCGUGCCCAAGAAAUCAGCAAAGAGCAAGUGGGAGGGUGAAGAUGACGAUGAUGAUGCUCCUGUGAGCGACUGGGAGGCAUCCUCGGACGAGGAGAAGAAGCCCGCCAAGGCUGCCGCCCCGGUGGCACCACCAAAGAAGAAGGGCACUCUCAAACAGAAACUUGCAGAGAAGGAGGCCGCUCGAGCAGCACGAAUAGCCGCAGGCGAGGACGAAGACUACGACGAAGACGCCGUGCUCGAUCCUCGGGAGAAGAUGCGCUUGGACAAGGAGAGGGAGCUCAACUCUGACUUGAACAACGCGGCUGACCUGCUUGGAGCCGCUGCUCUCGGAGGGACCUCGUCCUCCGAGUUGGACGAGCUGAUCUCGGCUCAGCCACGGACGAAGGAAGACUUCAUCAAAUUCUCGAACCAGAUCAUCCAGUAUAUUAUUCAGCGUCAUCAGGACAAGCCGCUCUACCCUGCUUUCGUUGAGCACCACGUACGGGAACUGGCGGUGCCCUUGCGCGAUGUCGAGGUCCGCAAGGCGGCCAGCGCCCUCACUACACUCGCGAACGAGAAGCAGAGGGAGCAAAGAGACAAGACAUCCGGCAAGAAGAAGCCAAAGGCUACUACCAAACCUGUGCUGGGUGCCGCAAAGGUGGCGAGCAAGCUCGACACAUCCGUGUACGACGAAGCCCUCGAUGACUUCGGGUCGACCGCAGACGAUUUUAUGUAGAGGUAGUGAUGCUGUGCUGUACGUCGCCGCACAACUUGUAUCAGGUCAUUCAGCUGUAGCAUGGCAUGUUAUUGAUGAGAAUUGCUUGUUGAUCUA